AUGUCUUCGAUUGCAACAUUUUUAUUUAACGCCACAAUCGGUUGGCUCGUGAAUAAAGGAAGAGAUGUGACAGCAGAAAAGCUAAAAGAAGGCGACGUGACGGAUAAAAAAGUCCGUGAUUUGAUAGUGCGUGAAGUGGAAGAUAUCAAGUCAAAGUUGGACGGAUUAUCAAGAAAGGAUCUCCUGGCAGCUGUGGAUUCCUUUGAAACAGGAGUCAGGUUUCUCUUUCAGGCACUCGAUGUAAAACCUAGUGGGGAAGCCAGUACCGCAACAGAAAAGACCUCUGUGGCAAUCAAAGAAGAGAAUGUUGACUUAACAGAUGUCGUAAAGAUAGUUUCCUUUGCCUCAGAGAUGGAAAAGAUUCAGAAGAUUGAUCUUGAUGAGGCGACAAAGAUAAAAUUUUCUCAAGCCGAAAAGAGAUUCAAAAUGGCCCGUGAAAAAGCAACAGAAGCCUCCAACAACGAAGCUCUUGAGGUUUUUGACCGGAUCACAGCCAUUCGAUGUCGUGUCAUGGCAGCAAUAUUAGAGUCAGUGGUAGAGACAGCGAGAACCGCGGGUGACUUGUCCCCAGAAACUGUAAAGAGUACAUUGGAAAUGCAUUAAACGAGUGCGAUCAGUGCCUUCAGAAACUUCAUUGUCUUCCAGCUGUUCAGGACUGUUUUAAAGUUGGACUGGAAAAAGGUCUCCUAAAUUUGAGAGGGCGGUUUGGUAAAGAUGAGCGAAGAAGGAUAAUCUCCACGGUGUGCCAGGUAAAUCGCGCCAUCUACAAUGCGACACAAGCAGUUGGUGGAGACGCCUUGGUCUGGCCACUUGUCGACACUGGAGAAGAAAAAGUUGAUCCUCUGCGCGAUGGAAGAAUAUCAAAGGUGUUGCACAAAGUUAAUAUGGAGCACUGCUUUGUUUCACCAUGGUCAUUUGGUCACGAGGGUGAAGAGGAGCACAAGCUGAAGAAUCCGUGGGGUAUCGCUACAAACCAUAGAGGACAAUUCUUGAUAGCAGACAAUGGGGAUAAAACCGUGAAGGUGUUUGAUAGCAACGGAAAGUUUAAUUUUAGGUUUAAUCCUCAAACUGAUGACGCCGAUACAGAGUUAGAUAUUUUGGAUGUCGCCACUGCAGGCGAGGACGACAGGAUUUAUCUUCUGGUCAGACUGAGGAAGAAAUGGGAGAAGGAAGUGCAGGUUUUUAACAAGACUGGUGACCUACAGCACAAGUUCCCCGUGAGGAGCGGGGACUGGGACAGACUAACAGUGACCAGCGGCAAACAACGCGGCAAAAUUCUGCUGUUGUCGAGACAUGCCCUUGAUAAGGGCGUUGUUGAUGUUCAUGAGGCGAGUGGCGAGUUCGUUUGUAGCUUUGGUGGAGGAGUGUUCAAGCGUGCAUCAGAUAUCACUGCUACUUGUGAUGGUCGCGUCAUGAUAGUGGACUGGGGCGAUGACAGUUUUUACAUAUUUGAUGUGGAGGGACACCAGCUUGGCAAAUUUAAUAUCAAACAUGAGAGACAUUUCUAUUAUCUCAUUGUAUGUCACCCGGCAAGUGCAGACCGUGUUGUCCUUGCUGGUCAUGAACGAGAGACACGCCGCCUGACGCUGGCUAUAUAUACUGUUAACGGCGAAUUUGUUCGCAGAAUUCAGCUGGAUGAAGUAGUAUUGUUUGAUUUCCGUGGAAUAACAGUACGUGGAAUAAUAAUAACAGUGACCGUGGAGGGUCACAUUGCUGUG